UGCUGGGAAGGGAGGGGGUGGUGGAGAGAGAGCAGGCAGAGGAGCUGAAGGUUCACCCAAAUCACAUGUCCCCAGCAGCAGCUGCUUGCUGCUUGAUUGUAUGUUUGGAGUAGUACCAGGGGGAAAUUUGUUCUGUUUCAGAAGCACCAAGGCACUCUAUUUUAAUAGCCACUUUUUUGUGCAUUUUCAAAGAUUUUUUAUUUAUUUUUUUUGCUAUUCAGAAAUCUUCCCUGGCUCCAAAAAGCAGGACAAGAAGAGAAUCCAGUCCAGGUUUUCCAUGUGCACUUUAAUCAGAAAGAAGUGGAUAAUGGUUGCUAGAGCCUCUCUCAAGCCAUGCUGGGCCGGAUAGAUUCAGACAGUCUUGUAUGUACCUAUAUCCGGGUUAGGAGACACACACAGGAGCUCAAAAAAAGUUUCAUUUUUAUGCUCGUCAACAAAAGCUUCGGUAUGAAGUCCCACAGCAAGGAAAGACACCAACCAUAAGGAUCAACAAGGCUUUUUUUGUUUAUUUUUUUUUUUUCAUUCUUACAUUUCCUGUUUUAUUUUUAACUCCUUUUUUAUUCUCUUAUUUUUUCGUUUAUUCACAUGAAAUAAUCGGAGGUUUAUUUACUUCUAUUGGAGUUAUCGUCGUUCUUUUUUGAGAAUUUUUUUGGGGAUUUUGCUGCUAUUGUUUUUUUUUUUUUGUUGCUGUGUUUUUCUUUUUUUUUUUUUUUUCGGGGGUUUAUUUUUGCACAUUUUUGGGCCCCCACCCUUUUUGCUGUUACAAGGAUUGACUGAGAUGUUGCAAUGAUCAUGGCAGCGCAAGUGGUUUCAGCUGCUGCGCCGACCACCAAUGCGAACAAUAAGGGUAAAAACCAGGGUCUUCCUGGACUGAAUCAGGACUUGAACCCUGGGGGGACAGGACCAGGCUCUGGAUCUAUCCCUGGAUUAGGAGAUGGGACUCCUAACAGCGGAAUGAACAAUAAUGUGGAUCACCUCCACCACCACAACCUUUUGCACCACCAUCACCACCACCAUCUCCUCCACCAUCAUCACCACCACGAAGUAAACAUGGCAAAUGCAAAUUCGUUAUCAACCUCAUCUCUCUUACCCUCCACCGCUAAUAAUACGAACAAUAACAAUAGCAGCAAUUCGGAUACAGGACUAAAGGACGGGAGAAACCCAGCGGUGUCGCCCCAUUUUCAGGCUAUGGAGAUGGGUGGUGGGAUCCCCAACCACAAGUUAAAGUGUGGUAGUGUUGGGGACUAUCUUGCUCAUUCUCAUCACCAUGGCCAUCACAGCCAGCAGCAUACACCCCACCAUGCACCCCAGCAUCUGCAGCAGCACCCUCCCCACCACCCCAACCAUCCACCCCAGCAACUUAAUCAGCUGCAGCCCCAACAGCAACUAACAGGAGCAGCACAACAACCAACACCGAAUAAAAGCAGCCCUGGAGGAGGAAGCAACAGCAGCGGCGAGGCGUCAGAUAUGGAAAAUCAGCAGCAGCAACAACAACAUGCUGGUGUGGGAGAAGAGGGCUGUAAUAAUGCUGGUGCAGGAGAAAAAGAUGUUGCUUUGGUUAAUCAGGGCGACCCCCAGUCUAGGAGGACUGGCAAGGCAGGAGACGAAGACGAUCUGCAGGGAAAAAUGAUGACUGGGGAGCCCAUGAGCAGUCGGUAUGAGCAUGCAGUGUUGGGAGGAGGGCAGCAGCAAGGAAACAGCAGCAGCAGCAAUAAUAAUAAUAUUAGUGGCAACGGUGGAUCAUCUUCUUCUUCGUCGUCCUCUUCUUCUUCCUCUUCGUCUGAAUUUAAUCAUUAUUAUGGCAGUGCAUCAACAAACAGAGUAGGGCCUUGCUUUGAUCAACAUGGCAGACAACAAAGCACUGGUAUGGGGAUGAUGCAUUCUGGAUCUACAGCCCCCAGCAGCAACCUGGACCCCAUGCAGAACUCCCAUGAAGGGUACGGCAGCAAUCAGUUUGACCACUACCAGGGAUACAGCAGGGCCGCUGCUGCUGCAGGAGGAGGGGCGGGAAGCUAUGGCAGCUCUACCUCUGCAUAUGGGGUGCUGAGCUCCCCAAGGCAAAGCAGCACCGGUACCCCAGGCAGCACCAACAUGAUGAUAGGUGAAAGAGGUAGCAGUCAUGGGAAGCCACCUAGUGCUUCCAAUGCAGGGGGCUUCCAAAGGUACCAGGGACAAACCCAGCACCCAUCUGGUGCCACCCCUACUCUGAACCAACUCCUAACAUCCCCUAGCCCUAUGAUGCGGAGUUAUGGAGGAAGCUAUCCUGACUACAGCACUUCUAGUGGACCCCAACAACAGUCAAGCAACACGCCAGGGAGUCAACAGCCUGGGGGCAUAGGGAUGGGCAAAGACAUGGGGUCCCAGUAUGGAGCUACCACCACCGGCUGGGGCGCACAACAAAGAAAUCACCCAGCUAUGAGCCCUGGAAGCACCGGACAAACCAUCAGCAGAUCCCAGCAGGGAAGUCCAAUGGAUCCAGUGGUAAUGAAAAGGCCUCCACUUUAUGGAAUAGGGAAUAGUCCCUACUCUCAGACACAGCAAAGCAGUCCUUAUCCUGGCCAAGCAUAUGGACCUCCAGGACCACAAAGAUAUCCAAUGGGAAUACAGGGACGAACCCAUAGUGGCAUGGCAGGAAUGCAGUAUCCACAGCAGCAGAUGCCACCUCAGUAUGGUCAGCAAGGCUACUGCCAACAAGGCCAACAGCCAUAUUACAGCCAACAGUCGCAGCCUCAUUAUUCGCAGCCACAGGGUCAGUACCUGUCACAAGCUCAACAGCGGUAUCAAGCCCAGCAGGAUGUUCCUUCAGAAAGCUAUGGAAACAGGACGCAACCUCCUCCAAUGGCUUCUGGAAAGACUAACCAUGAAGACUUGAAUAUAAUACAACAAGAGAGGCCAUCAAGCUUACCAUGCUCCUUUAAAGAGGCAUCAACCAUCAAUGACUUAUCUGGUUCUAUUGAUGACUUGCCAACUGGAACUGAAGCAACAUUAAGUUCUGCUGUGAGUGUCUCGGGUUCUACAAGCAGCCAGGGGGAGCAAAGCAAUCCUGCACAGUCACCCUUUUCUCCUCAUGCAUCACCACAUCUACCAAGCAUCCAGGGUGGUGGUCCAUCGCCAUCACCUGUGGGUUCACCAGUUGGGAGCAACCAGUCAAGAUCAGGUCCAAUAUCACCUGCUAGUAUUCCCGGAACCCAAAUGCCGCCACAACCAGCAGGCAGCCAGACUGAAUCCAGCUCACAUCCCGCAUUAAGCCAGUCACCAAUGCCACAGGACAGAGGUUAUAUGCCCAGUGUGCAAAGAAAUCAUCAGUUGCCACAAUAUGGACCACAACACACGGGGCCUUCUAUGUCUCCGCAUCCAUCUCCUGGAGGUCAGAUACAUCCUGGUAUGGGCAGCUUUCCACAAGGAAACUCCAGCAGCACUUAUGGCCCUCAGAUCAACCAAUAUGGACCACAAGGUAAUUACUCAAGGCCGCCUUCAUAUUCUGGCGUACCGAACACAAAUUACAAUGGUCCAGGCCCUGGAAUAAAUGUGAACGCCAACAGCCAGAUGCACGGACAAGGACCCAGUGGCUCUAUUAACAUGGGCAGAAUGCCAGUUAGCUCAGUGCAAAGCAGACCAUAUCCUGGAAACAUGGCAAAUAUGACCCCCAUUUCCCCUGGCAUGCCACAGCAGGGUGCUCCAGGGAUGGGACCACCCAUACCAUCUGUAAACCGCAAGGCGCAGGAGGCAGCAGCUGCAGUGAUGCAGGCAGCGGCUAACUCUGCUCAAAACAGGCCACCAUACAUUAGGUUGCCUGCUUAUCCCAGCCAGUCUGGGGCCGGUGGACGCCCCAUGUUUUCCUCACAGCAUCCCAACUAUGGCAACUCUCAGGUUCCAAUGAUGCAUCAACCUGAUCAGUACGGACAAAGCGGGUUUCCUGGGAUGAACCAGAGCGGCCUUAUGGGAUCCAACUCUCCAUACAGCCAGACAUUAAAUAGCAAUGCUGCCAUGAUGACUCCACAAUCAUCCCCAUACAAUAUGAUGAACAGUUCAGCAGGUCACUUAGGUCUUGCUGAAAUGAUGACUGGAGAUUCUAAGCUGCCUACUUCUCUCAAACUCGAUGGUAAAGAAGAUGGGCCCGCUCACCCUGAACCAAAGUCAAAGAAAUCCAAUUCAUCCACCACUACUGGAGAAAAAAUAACAAAGUUGUAUGAAUUGGGGAACGAGCCUGAACGCAAGAUGUGGGUGGACAGAUAUCUGACGUUUAUGGAAGAAAGAGGAACACCUGUUGCAACAUUGCCGGCUGUGGGCAGAAAGCCCCUAGAUUUGGUCAGGCUUUACUUCUGCGUCAAAGAGAUUGGCGGUCUGGCUCAGGUUAAUAAGAAUAAGAAAUGGCGAGAGCUGUCAACCAAUCUAAAUGUUGGCACGUCUAGCAGCGCAGCAAGCUCACUGAAAAAGCAGUAUAUCCAGUACCUGUUUGCUUUUGAAUGCAAGAUAGAGAGAGGGGAGGAGCCUCCUCCAGAGAUCUUUAAUCCUGGCGAGUCGAAGAAACAGCCUAAGAUUCAGCCGCCAUCUCCUGCAAACUCUGGAUCUUUCCAAGGGCCUCAUACUCCUCAGUCCACUGGUAGUAAUUCCAUGGCUGAGAUGCCUGGUGAUUUAAAGCCUCCAACUCCCGCAUCAACACCGCAUGGACAGAUGCAGCCAAUGCCAAGUGGCAGAAACAGUUCCGUGAGUGUACAGGAUCCAUUCUCAGAUGAUUCAGGUUUUCCAAAGCGCAAUUCAUUGACUCCAAAUGCUGCUUACCAACAAGGGAUGAAUGUGCCAGACAUGAUGGGGCGGAUGCCAUAUGAGCCCAACAAAGAUCCAUUUAGCAGCAUGAGAAAAGUGGCUGGGAGCAAUGAGCCUUUUAUGGCCCCUGGCCAAAUUCCAAACAGCAGCAUGCCAGAGAUGUACAAUCAGACUUCCUCUGGGGUGAUAUCCAGUAUGGGUAUGAGCCAACGCCAGCAAUUUCCAUAUGGACCCGGAAGCUAUGAUAGAAGGUCAGAAUAUGGCAUAGGUGCUGAAAGUGCAAUGGGACCUCCCGGUCAAAACAACAUGGGGCCUUCAAACAGUGAUCCAAGCUUGUAUUCACCUAAUCGUUUUCAAGGACAACAAAGGCAUGAAACCUAUGGACAGCAGUAUCCAGGACAAAAUCCCUCUUCAGGACAAACACCCUAUGGAGGGCACCAAGCAGGAAUGUACCCACAACAACAAAACUUCAAACGCCAUAUGGAUAGUAUGUACUGUCCUUCAUCAAAGCGCCAUGAGGGAGACAUGUACAGUAUGCAGUAUAGCAGCCAGCAGCAGGAUGUGUACAAUCAGUAUGGCAACACUUACUCUGGACCUGACAGAAGGCCAAUGCAAGGACAAUAUUCUUUCCCUUACAACAGAGAGAGGAUGCAGGGCCCAGGACAAAUGCAGCAGCAUGGAAUGGGACCUCAAAUGAUAGGUGGGGCAGUGCAGUCAUCUUCAGGUGAUGGUGCUCAGCAGAAUAUGUGGCCCUCACGCAGUGAUAUACCCUAUCCAUACCCAGGAAGGCAAGGCCCAGCUGGCACCCAACAACAAGGAACUUAUCCAACUAUAAACCGUUCUGAUGAUGUCUUGGGAUCUGACCAAAGAAUAAAUCAUGAGGGUCCUUGGCCAUCUCAACGGCAGCCUUCCUACAUGUCCCCAUCUGGAUCAAUUCAACCAAUCACUAGGGCUCCACCUUCAUCUUACCAGACCCCACCAUCAAUGGCAAACCACAUUUCAAGGGCUUCUAGCCCUGCCUCAUUUCAGCGCUCACUAGAAAAUCGUAUGUCACCAAGCAAAUCUCCUUUCUUGCCUUCUAUGAAAAUGCAGAAAGUUAUGCCCACAGUUCCACCAACUCAGACAACUGGGAAUUCUUCACACACUUCUAUUGUCAGGCGUGAAAUUACCUUCCCCCCUGGCUCAGUGGAAGCAACUCAACCAGUCUUGAAGUCAAGAAGAAAAAUUACCUCAAAAGACAUUGUAACACCCGAAGCUUGGAGGGUAAUGAUGUCUUUAAAAUCUGGUCUCUUGGCUGAAAGUACAUGGGCUUUGGACACCAUCAACAUCCUACUAUUUGAUGACAGCACAGUGGCUGCUUUUACCCUAUCUCAGCUGCCUGGCUUUUUGGAGCUCUUGGUGGAAUAUUUUAGGAAAUGCCUCAUUGACAUCUUUGGGAUAUUGAAGGAGUAUGAAGUUGGGGCAAAUGUUUGUGAUUCUCUUGAAAAUUACUUGGAUGAUAAUCCAUCUACAGAGGAAGAAGCUGCUAUGGAUUAUGAAGACGAUACAGAGGAGGAUGAGGUUAUUGAUGAAAAUGAACCUGAUCAGGACAAUGACAUUGAUUUGGAUGACAAAGAAAACCUAAAACCAGAGGAAAAAAAUACCCCACACAUAAAACCUGAAACGUUAGUAAAUCGAAUGGAGAAGCCAAAACAAGCAAGUAAGUUUGAUAGGCUGCCAAUCAAAGUUGUAAAGAAGAAUGAUCUAUUUGUGAUUGACCGUUCUGACCGACUUGGACAUGUUCAGGAAUUCAAUAGUGGGCUACUUCAUUGGCAGCUUGGUGGAGGUGAUACAACUGAACAUAUUCAGACUCACUUUGAAAGCAAAAUGCAAAUUCCCUUGUACAGGAGACCUCAAAGACCAAUCAGUCCUCCAAACAAAAAGAAGAAAGAGCAAGAUGAUAGAUUUCUACCAGAUAAUGAUGAAGAUCAACAAGAAAAGAGCAUAACCGCAACCAUUGAUGAUGUGCUCUCUGCAAGGCCCGGUGCACUUCCUGAAGAUUCCAGUAACCCUUGCUUGCAAAUGGAGAGUAACACACUUUCAUUGGGAAUCCACCAAGCCAAAACUCACAGGAAUAUAACAUUACUGGAAGAUGAACCAAGAAGCCGUGAUGAAGUUCCUUUGUGUAAAGUAGCUCCUUGGCAAGACUCUUUGGCCAGGCGUUGCAUUUGUGUGUCAAAUAUUAUUCGUAGUUUGUCUUUUGUGCCUGGGAAUGAUGCUGAAAUGUCAAAACAUUCAGGCUUGGUCUUGACUCUUGGGAAGUUAAUUCUCCUUCAUCAUGAGCAUCCAGAGAGAAAACGAACACCACAAACUUAUGAAAAAGAGGAGGAGGUAGAAAAAGGUGCCAGCUGCAGCAAGGAUGAGUGGUGGUGGGACUGUCUCGAGGUACUGAGGGAAAAUACUUUGGUCACAUUAGCCAAUAUCUCUGGAAAGUUAGACUUGUCUGCUUACACAGAAAGUAUCUGUUUGCCAAUUUUGGAUGGUUUACUACACUGGUUGGUGUGCCCAUCUGCUGAGGCACAGGAUCAUUUCCCAACAGUAGGGCCCAAUUCUAUCCUUUCCCCUCAGAGACUUGUGCUUGAAACAUUAUGUAAACUCAGUAUACAAGACAAUAAUGUGGAUCUUAUUCUAGCCACACCCCCUUUCAGUCGCCAAGAAAAAUUCUAUGCGACUCUAGUUAGGUAUGUCGAGGAUCGCAAAAACCCUGUGUGUCGAGAAAUGUCUGUGGCGCUGCUUUCGAACCUUGCUCAGGGGGAUAUAGUGGUAGCAAGGGCCAUAGCUUUGCAGAAAGGAAGCAUUGGAAACUUAAUAAGCUUCUUGGAAGAUGGUGUUACCAUGGCCCAAUAUCAGCAGAAUCAACAUAACCUCAUGCACAUGCAGCCUCCCCAUUUGGAGCCUCCUAGUGUAGACAUGAUGUGUAGGGCGGCUAAGGCUUUAUUGGCCAUGUCUAAGGUGGAAGAGAACCACUCUGAGUUCCUUUUGCAAGAAAGCCGUUUAUUGGAUAUCUCUAUAACAGCGGUUCUGAACUCUACAGUUUCCUCAGUCAUUUGUGAUGUACUUUUUCAAAUAGGACAGUUAUGACACCAGUGGGAAGCCAAUCACGUAUGAGAGGAGAGUAGGAAGUCGCAUAUAAAACUGGCUAUUUUUCUGUACUUUAGAGAAGAAGAAACACGACAAAUAAAAGAAAAGCAAAGAUGCUCCUCACCCAGUUAUUAUUUACCAAUUGGAAUUUCUAAGAAAUGGUUAAUGAGCUAUGAAAAUAAAUAUUUGCUGUUUGUGUAUGUUCAUUCUAUUUUAUUUUAUUUUUUCUUUACCAAAGUUGGUGAUUGUUUUAUUUGAAGGUCAUUUUGGAUCUUAUUUUUUUAGUUUCUUUUUCUUGAUUGUAUUAUUAGCCUUAGGGGACAGAUAAACCUGUGUGAGCAUUGUAAAAAAAAUGAAACUUUAUCACUUCUUUGAAGAGAAUAAGUUGUUAUUAUUUCAGUUUUCAUAUUCAGAGUAUUUUUUUUUGUACCCUUGAGUUAAAAGAAAUGUACCAAACCAGUGUGCAAUAGAACCACUAGUGACAUUGUUGGAGUAUGUAGAAAAGGGUGCUCAGUUUAAAUUCAAAUCUGUUUUUAUCCUUUGGAUAACAGUAAUAUUAGAAUAGAAGCAGAACGAAUAGACACCUGUUGGGAAAAUAAAAUCUGAACAUUUAAACUUAUUUAAAAAAAAAAAGUUCAAAAAUUCAUACCACUGUCAUAAUCAAGUAUAGUAUUUGAGAUUUCAUAUGAUAACAGCCUUUAGAUGCUUUGUUAUAUAUAUUUUUUUUUUGUUUGUUUUGUUUCUCGUUAUUACCCAGGGUCUGGGAUGUAUAUAAGAAAUGUACAGGCCUUCACUUUGUUUCUUUUCUUAAAAAAUCAUUUUUAGUAUACUUUGGCUAUCUCCCCAUGAUGUGGUUAAAGUGAUAUACUUCUAUUGUCAUCUUUUUUUUCUCCUUUGUCAUGGCACUGAAAAAAAAAAUCCUGGCCAUAUUUCCCACCAUGGGGGUAAUGUGCAGGUUUCUGUAUGUAUAAAUUAAUGCUCUAUUUCAGUAUAGCAGCUGGACACUUGCAGGUUGCAAUUACAAUGUGGAAAAAGUCACCUGCCAACUAAAGAAGACAAUGGUUAUAUUAUACAAACGGCGGUUAUUACAACACAACAGAUGAAUCGACACAACUUCUGGGGUUUUUCAGCGAUGAAAAUCAACAUAUUUGUAUUUCAAGAAAAUGUAGUUUAAAAAAAAAAAGAAAAGAAAAUGAAAAAACUUGUUGUAAAUUCCUCUUUUUCCUCUGGCUUAACGAAUAUCAUUUAUUCAGUAUAAAAUCUUUAUACUAUAUGUUCCACAUGUUAAGAAUAAAUGUACAUUAAAUCUUGUUAAGCACUGUGAUGGGUGUUUUUGAAUAAUCACUUUUUCCUCUUGUAUAUACAGUAGUCUUUGAAGUAUGUUAAUGGUCUUUUACACAACUGUUUCAAUAUACGCUCUCUGACAUUGGAAAAGGUUUAUAUACUGUACUGCAAAGGUUCAGCUUUUAUAUUGAUUUUAAACAGACUGUAUAUAUUUUUGUAGACAUUAGCAAUAGCUCUAUUUGCUUCCCGUGGGUACCUGACAAGUUGCAUUGAGAAAUAAUGUUAUUUUGUGUGCAUAGAGUUUUGCUGUAAAAAAACAAAAACCCAACAAAAUUCUUUGAAAACACGAAUUAUAUAAAAUGUUUUCAUUUUCUGAGCA